CACAAUAUCUUCUUUGUUCCAUCAACAACAAGAAAUCGAAAAGCUUUCUAUUUUUUUCUUUUUAUCUCUAGUACAAUGGAGUUUGUGAUUUUGGAAGGAGAGGUGAGUUCGAAAGAGGAGCAAGUAGUGUCAAAGCAGCUACAUCUGAUAUCGUCUGAAACGCAAACGCAAACGCAAACGCUGAACAGAAGAGCCGUUCUAAACCGCAUCCGCAACCACAAAUGUAUUCACAAAAUCAAGAGUCUUCUCCACACCACCGCGGCUAAUGACGGAGCCACCGUCGAUGCUGAUUAUCGGUGGAUUGAUAGUGGCGAUGUCUUCUCUUGUCCGUGAAAUGGGCAGAGACUUUGACACGUGUAUGUCACGAGUGUGUUUGUGAUUCUCUCUUGUCUCUAAUAUCCAAAUACAAGUUGUGUUAUAUGUAACUCUUUCUAGUGAGUAAGUGAUCAUCAUAAAAUUGUAGUUUUUCGAUGUUCAUGAUUUAUUGAUCAGUUCACCGUUGAUCUUUAGCAAA